AUGCUGCGUUGUCUAAGCUGUUUCAGCCGAAAAGGCGUAAAAGAGGACAAUACUGACCCAAUUGAAACCUCCGCCUCUGCGAUAGUAGCUCACGAUAACAAAAAGCCGACAUUCGAAGACACGUACGAGAUAUUGUAUCAGAUUGGAGAAGGUAAGACUGGUCAGGUGUUUGUCGCGAAGAAGAAGCGGCCGCGCUAUCGUAGUCGUGCUAAGACUAUAGCUGAACAGCAGCAACGUGAGCGGGAAGCACGCGAGUGUGACGAGGAGGUGGCGGUCAAAUUUGUGCGACAAGAGUAUUUAUCUACAUCUAAUCGUAUCGAGGCAUUGCAGUCCGAGUUAGAUAUAUUACGUCGUGUGAAACACCCAGGAAUUCUUCGUUUGCGGCAAGUUUUUCAAGAUGAGGAUAAAUUUGCGAUUGUGACAGAUAAAGCGACGGGUGGCGAGGUGAUGACCGCGAUCUGUAGACCAGAAUGCCCACGAAUCCGUGAAUGUGAUGUGGCCGACAUUAUCCGUCAAUUGCUGAGUAUACUUGCAUAUUUGCAUCUUAAUGGAAUAACCCACCGCGACGUCAAAGUGGAAAACAUUUUAUGCAAGACCAAAGACUUGCGUGGUGGUGUGCUACUUAUCGACUUUGGCUUGGCACAUAUGGGAACUGUCGGAGGCACUGAAAUGUCUGGUAUGAAUGGAACACCACAUUACAUGGCACCAGAAAUGUUUUUUAAAAAUGGACAUUACGGCUGGGCUAUUGAUCUUUGGUCACUUGGAGUCGUCACCUACAUCCUUCUGUUCGGACAGUUUCCAUUCGAUGCACGAUUCAUGUCACAAGUAGAAGACAAGAUUGUCAAAGGCGAAUUUGAGUAUCCAAACGAAAUUGAACCAAUGGUUUCUCAUCAAGCUAAGAAGUUUAUCGAGUAUUUGCUUGUGGUAAAUCCACGUGAGCGUCCACCUGCUGCAAUGGCAUUGCAGCACCCUUGGCUACAAACGGACGCUUCAUCGAUGGAGCCAUUCACAGAUAUGCAUAUGGCUGCACUAGCAAAGUUUAGCGAGGGUAAAAAAUCCUUUGUGCCACCUCCUUCUAAAGAAUAUGUGCCUCCCGACCUUAUUCCAAAGGAUGGCGCCAUCAAUUAG